AUGAAAGAAAACAUUUUUGACACAAAUGUAAGUAAAGUUAAGAGAAAGAGAAAUAUCAUAAGAACUAAAAGCAGCAAGAAUAAUUUCCAACCCAGAAGGGAACCAAGUGAAAGAUACAAAAAUAUUUUGGAUUAUUACAAAAAUGAGAAAAAAACAAACAAAUUUAUUGAUAAGAGAAAAAACAAAGGGUUACAUAAAAAUAGUUCAAAUUUUAAAAAGCAUAACAUUUUUAAUCUAAAUAAUGACUCGUUCUUAAAAGAUAAACAUCUAGGUACAAAUGAUGAUGUAUAUGGGGAAAGUGAUCAGUCAUAUGACAGUUCCACAACUAAUGGUGGCAAGUUUGGAAUAACCUCGAAAAAGGGAAAAAGUAAGAAUGGUGCAAUGAUUAAUGAUUUUGUUCAGGGAAAAAUAAAAAACAGAAAAUUGUGGAAAAUUAAAAAGUACGAAAUUAAAGAAAAAUUACGUGAAUUUGAUAAACAUUUUGAAGACAUUAAAAGGAGUGUACUUUCUUUACCAAAGACAACUGGUGAUGUGAGCAAAAAUGGAUAUUUGGAAAAUGCAAGAAAUGAAGAAAGCAAGUUUUCCGAAAAAUUGAAAAAAACGAAAAUCCGUAAAGGAGAUGGGGAAGAUGAUGAUGAAGAAGAUGAUGAUGAAGAAGAUGGUGAUAAAGAAGAUGGUGAUAAAGAAGAUGAUGAUAAAGAAGAUGAUGAUGAAGAAGAUGAUGAUAAAGAAGAUGAUUAUGAAGAAGAUAAUGAUGCAGAAGAUGAUGAGGAGGAAGAUGAUGAUAAAGUAGAUGAUGAUAAUGAAGAUGAUGAUAAAGAAGGAGAAAAAGAGCAAAAUAAACUGCUUCAUUUAAGUAAGCAUGCGAAAAGGUCAGUUCAGAGAAGCCCAAUGCUGGAAAAAAGUAAUGGGAAAAUCGAAACACAGCUGGAAAUGGAUCCUCAGGCGGAAUUUUAUGAUGAAUGGGAAAUGGAAGAUGAGUCUGAAUGGGAGGACGGGUUGGUAAUAGAAGAUGGGUGGGAAGCAGGUGACUUAUCGGAGGAAGAAGAAGCAGAAGAAAAUAAAAAAGAAAAUAAGGAUAAAAGAAAAAAAGUAAAAAUAGGUGACAAAAAAAUAGUAAAAAGAGAUGAAAAAAAAAUAGUAAAUAUAGAUGAAAGGGUAAAGGACCUGGGUGACCAGGAUAGGGAGGAAAAUAAUGAUUAUGAUAAAUAUUUAUCCAAGCCCCCAGAACAAAUUCAAGCAAACGGAUUGUUGAAUUAUAAGGAAGAUAAAACGAAAUCAUCAUAUUUGAUAUAUGAGAAAGAGAAAACGAAUGAGAAUGAGGAAAAUAUAAAGGACUCAAAGUUAUUUUUUCCAAAAAAAAAGGGAAAGAGAGAGAAUUUAGAAAAUAACAAGGCAUGUUCGGCUUCAUACCUUUCAGAUGAUAGCAGUAAUGAAGUAAUUGAGAAAUUGUUUAAUAGAAAAAAGAGUUCCCUUUGUAAAGACGAAUCAAUGAAAAACAUAUCAAAUGAUAAAGUAGACAAAAUGCUUGGAAAUUUUUUAAUGGAUGGUAAUAAUGAAUUAUGUAGCUAUUUUUCAAACGAAUUAAAUGAUGAAAAUGAAAAAGGUUUACCUAUUUAUAUUUCCAUAGAGAAUAAAUUGUAUCAAGUGGAAGAUGUUAUAAUGCUUUUAGAUCAUCAUAAUUUUAGUGCCCAAAAGAAAUUAUUAUACAGAAUAUACUAUAUAAAUAUGUUUAAUAAGAAAAAAGAAAAGAAUAUUUAUCACGCUUCUUUCCUUUUUUCGUUAAUGGAUUAUUGCAUUUUAAAGAUAUGCCGAUGUUUGAAAUAUAAUUUAAGUUUACGUGACUUAAUUGAGAAUUACAAAGACAUAAUUGUAGAAAUUUCUUAUCUUAUGAAGACAGAGUUAUAUCUGUACAUAUCUUUUUUACUUUUUAUAGUCUAUUCCAAAACGCAGCAAAAGGGAAAAACCAACUUAUUUUAUAAAAAGAAGAGGAACAUGUUAGUAGAAUAUUUAGAAUUAAACAAAAAUGUACGCGAUAAAAUAUAUGACGUGCACAUUUAUUCGAGAAUACUAAAGAGCGCCGAUUUAUUUAGCGAUAUUUUUGAAAAAUAUAAUCCACAGGAUGGAGAGGAGAAAGUUAAUGAUGGAAAGGGAACCUUAUCCUACAUCCACUUUUCAGUUAUCUUCUUGACAUUAAUUAUAUAUCCAAUCAACAAGAACGAAAAUAAUUACGGAAGCAGAGAUGGAAAUAGAGAUGGAAAUAGAGGUGGAAAGAGAGGUGGAAAGAGAGGUGGAAAGAGAGGUAGAAAUAGAGAUGGAAAUAGAGAUGGAGAGAGAAAUGUCGAUUCUCGGAUAGCCGCUCUGCAUGAUGUGUUUGAAAUAAGAGAAGCUGCGGAGGAUGAAGAUACAAUUAUUGAUCGUCUCAUAACAAACAUUAACAAACAUGGACUGGAUGAUGAAAAGAUAGCAAAUAAAUUUCUUCAUUUAAAAGGAGAAAAUGUUCUCAUCGAUAAGGAAGAAAGGAUUCCUCUAAUUUCAUAUAUAAUCGAAUUUGUAGAGUAUUUAUUUUAUAACUACUUCCAUUCAGGCAAUGUCAAUUUGAGACUUGAUGAAGAUUAUAAGAACCUCCAUUACAUAUGUAACUGUAAUACGUAUGCUAAUGAAAAUAGUAUAGAAGAAUGCAUACAAAAUGUUGAGAAAUUAUUUUGUUUUAAACGAUUCGAAAUAGGAAAUGAAAAUACACAGAAAAAAGUAGAAAUGCAGGAUAUGAAAAAAUUGGAUGCGCAAAGUGACCUUGGAAUAUUUUUCCAAAAAAAAGAACUAAAAAAUGCCAUUAUCUUAUUAAACAUUUAUAAUGUAAUUAUAGAGAAUAGUAAAAAAUAUAGUCAAAGUUUUUUUUAUUUAUCUUUCAAAAUUUUAAAUACCCUUCUGUAUAACAUUAUAUUUGAAAAAGAAAAGAAACGUAUGCACAAUGAUGACAAAAUGCAAGAGGGAAAAGACGAAAAUAAUGAUGAAAAAAAAAAAAAUUAUAAGGAUGCCAAAAAUUAUUUUUACAAUAUAUCAUUUAACACUUUUAAAAAUUUAAUCUUAUUUUUGAAGAUUUAUAUAGACAAAGAAUUUAAUGUCUACAUAUUAAUAAAUCAUAUAAUUAUCCCAAGUCUGCUCUAUAUAUAUAUUAAUUUUUUAAACUUUAUAAUGAAAUAUGAUAUAAAAAUAGAAUUUGUUAAAAUUUUAGAUGAAUUUAAACACAUAACUGAUAGAGAAGAUUUUUUACUUACAAGUGAUAGUCUAUUUAUCAAAUAUAAUAAAAAGAAGGAAAAAUAUUUCCUCUUUUUGAUAUAUAUAUAUAAAUUAAUUCAACACUCUAACACACAUGAUAUUAAACCAAUAGUAUGUCAAAAUUCCGAAAACAACCAUAUACCUCUGUUUACCCCCAAAUAUGCCAACAGUAAAGACCCCAAGGAUUUUGUCAUAAUGCAGAGCGGUCAUGCCAUGUUUGCAGAGAUGAAAUCAGUUAAGAAAAAAAUGAAGCAGCAGAAAAAGCUGGACUACAGUGAGCUGAGGAAGGAAAACAACUACAUUUUAGCUCUUAAGUCAAGAGAGGAAAAUGAGAGGAUAAGGAGAAACAGGGAAAGGUAUAAAAAAAUAAAACUUAUGGCAAAGCAAGACGUUGAGGAAUAUAAUAAGAUGAAGACUUAUACACAUUAA